CAAGGUCAUCUGGUGUCAUCCGAGGGUUAUCGGGUCUUCUGCUGAGUACUCGCAAACAUUUUUCACGCUCUGACCGUCGCUCUUUAAACUUUAAAAAAUGUUUCCGAGACUAAUCAAGCCCACCGCUGCACUUGUGCAACAAAGUACAAAACAACUGUCGACCAGUUCUCAGCGCAAUGCUAAGGUUGCAGUUAUGGGUGCCAGUGGCGGCAUUGGGCAGCCGCUGUCACUACUGCUGAAGCAAUCACCCCUUGUCACUGAGCUCUCUCUUUAUGACAUUGUAAAUACUCCCGGUGUCGCUGCCGAUCUCUCUCACAUUGAAACCCCUGCCAAAGUCAAGGCUUUCAAUGGACCCGAUCAACUCAAAGAUUCUCUUCGAGGAGCUCAGGUCAUAAUAAUCCCUGCUGGGGUUCCUCGCAAGCCAGGAAUGACCCGUGACGACCUUUUUAAUACAAAUGCGUCGAUUGUUCGAGAUCUUGCCGCAGCAGCUGCCGAGGUGGCACCCAAAGCCUUUGUAGCCAUUAUUUCUAACCCUGUAAACAGCACGGUGCCCAUUGCUAGCGAAGUCUUCCAAAAGGCUGGAGUAUACGACCCUAACAGAAUAUUUGGAGUAACAACUCUGGACAUUGUUAGGUCAAACACUUUCAUCGCUGAAGCUAAGGGUCUAGACCCCUUGAAGACCAACGUUCCCGUGAUCGGAGGACACAGUGGAAUAACAAUUAUUCCACUCAUUUCCCAAGCAAAACCACAAGUUUCGUUCCCAGAUGAUCAGCUCAAGGCUUUGACGGAAAGAAUUCAGGAAGCUGGAACUGAAGUCGUCAAGGCUAAAGCUGGAACAGGUUCUGCAACUUUGUCCAUGGCCUAUGCUGGAGCUCGAUUUGGAAUUGCUCUAAUCAAAGCCCUAAAUGGAGAACAAAACAUAAUCGAAUGCUCAUAUGUCAGGUCGAAUGUCACCGAAGCCAAAUACUUCUCUACACCAAUUCUUUUGGGCAAAAAUGGUGUCGAAAAGAACUUGGGUCUUGGUAAACUCAGCAGUUUUGAAUCAAAGCUUCUAGAAGCCGCGAUCCCAGAACUAAAGAAAAAUAUUCAGAAGGGUGAAGAUUUCGUGAACAAGAAGUGAAGUCACUGAUGUGCAUGACUUAAAUCUUGUCGAGGAGAAAUCAGAAGAUUUCAAUAGAUAACGAGUCGUUGAUACGCUAUACUCAUUCUAAACGCGUAUACUUCAACUACAAGGAUGUCAUCACAGCAUUUAAUUUAGAGAAAAUGCCACGUCUACUCAAAAUGUUAUACUAUUAUAAUUAAAUUAAAGAAAACAAUUCCAAAA